UGUCAAUAUCUUCUCUUGUCUUUGAUGGCAAUGGUCUGAUUUUGACAAGUUUUGUGUUGUGUAUUUUCGAUUUCGUAUGCUAUUUUUUUGGAAAAAUGUAAUGAUUGAGUACAUAAACGUGAGUCAACAGGAAAAAGCUGUGUAGUCUGUUACUGUGUCAUUAUUAUGAAUGUAAAUAGUAAUGAACGGCUCCAGUAACGUUCGGCCGCAGUCUUCAUUUACUAUGUCUUCAGAAAAUGGGUUGACGCAAAAUAUGCCCUCCUUGUCGGCCCUCGAUAGACCCGCUGCUGCUAAGGCUCCUCCACGGGAAACCAAUGAUGAAGCAUCAGAUUUAAAAGGAAAAGUUGAGUCUCGGUUAUUGUCUAUGUGGAAUAAUGUGAAGUUUGGAUGGACAGUUAAAAUGAAGACAAGUUUUUCCAAAGAAUCCCCAGUGUGGUUGCUGGGUCGAUGCUACCAUCGGAAGCUGAGUCCGACGGGAUCACUCGAAUCAUCAACUGAAAUCGGAACUGAGGCAACAGCUAACCAACCUAUUGAACAGAUAUAUGGAGAAGGCAUUGAGGGCUUUAAGUCUGACUUCACUAGCCGACUUUGGAUGACAUACAGAAGAGAGUUCCCCACCAUGUCAGGGUCGACCUUCACUACAGACUGUGGCUGGGGCUGCAUGCUGCGCAGCGGACAGAUGCUGCUGGCCCAAGCCCUGGUCUGCCACUUCCUCGGCAGGUCCUGGAGGUGGGCCCCUGACAUGACUAUACAAAAUGCUAGAGAAUUUCAAGAAGACUGUCUGCACCGUACUAUAGUGAAAUGGUUUGGUGACAAAUCUUCAGUCAACAGUCCUUUGUCCAUCCAUCAAAUGGUCCAGCUAGGAGAGAGCUUGGGAAAGAAACCAGGAGAUUGGUAUGGCCCUGCUUCAGUUGCCCAUUGCUUGAAGGCUGUCAUGGCAGAUGCAUCCAAAGAGAACUAUGAAUUUGACAGUUUGGAAGUGUAUGUAGCUCAAGAUUCUACUAUUUAUGUGCAAGAUGUGGUCUCACAAUGCAGAAAAGCGACUGGUCCUUGGAAGUCACUCAUUCUUUUAGUUCCUGUAAAAUUAGGCACUGACAAACUUAAUCCCAUUUAUGGCCCGUGUCUUACUUCAUUACUCACACUGGAGUUUUGCAUUGGCAUUAUUGGUGGCAGACCAAAACAUUCCUUGUACUUUGUGGGGUACCAAGACGAUAGAUUAAUACAUUUAGAUCCACAUUACUGUCAAGAGAUGGUUGAUGUGUGGCAGCCAAACUUUUCUCUGCAAACAUUUCAUUGCCGCUCACCUAGAAAAAUGCCCAUAACUAAAAUGGAUCCUUCAUGUUGCUUAGGGUUUUAUCUAGCAACAGAGAGUGACUUUGAAACAUUUGUAAAUGUAAUAAAGCCAUUUAUAACUCCUCAGGGAGUAUCAACCACCAAUGACUAUCCCAUUUUUACAAUUCACAAUGGAUCUCGCAAACACAUGAUGGACCCUCCUAAUAUAAGAUAUUCUAUUUAUGAGUCUGAGCAAAAUUGGGUUACUCCUACAAUAAAUGAUAGUGAUACGGAUAUUGAGUCAGAAGAAUUUGUGUUAAUAUAAUUUUGAUUAUUGUCAUUUAAAUGAGGAUAUCACCAUAUUAAUGACUAUUCAUUUAAGUAGUUCAAUGUUGAUACUGUUGAAACAAUCUGGAAUUGUUAACUAUGUGCAAAUAUUGGAGUUACCUGAACACACUACCGGUUUUUAAUUUUAUACAUAAUUUAGUAAUAUAUUUCUGUAUAGUGGUCUUGUACUUGUAUGUUGAUGCAACAGCUUAUUAUAACUUUACUGUUAUCAAAUCUAACUGCAUAAUAUUUGUCUGCAUUAACUAGUAGGUGAAGUUGCACUUUGUGCAUUAUUGUUGGCUGUUUUAAAUAAUUAUAGUCCUGUAUAAUUGUAUAUACUUACAUAGAAAUAAACCAAUGGAAAUUAAAUAUUCA